AAUUGCGGAUCUUACCUUUCUCCCAGCAAUACACCCGACACCUUCCAGCAUGUCGUACGGAGUAGGUUACCAGCUGGACAGGGCUCCACUUGGGACCCACAAAACAGGACCACCACUGGACAGUAUGGCUCCUGUCAGGACAAUGAACAGGAUAGCACAGGUUGCUAUAGAGAGGAUUAUAUUGAUGAUGAACAACACCAAACUGAUCAAAGAGCGACGUAUCAGCACUAUACAGCAGGUCCAGACCUACCUCCGUGGAAACCAUGAUGAUAUUGGCAUGUCAGGUGACAGAGGCGACUUCUACCGGCGGAAACUAGCAGAGCAAAUUUACGUUAAUUUUAACGUGAGUGGCGUCACCCAUUCUAACAUUGAAGUCAUCGUGGAAACUGCUAUUCAGUUAGAAAAACGUACUCAAGCACUAUUAGCAGGAUGUGCUUUCAACACGAACGCAGCACCCUCAGUACAAAUCGAAGACCCUAUUUUAGAUAUUCUGUCCAAAAUCGCUGAUGUCUUUUAAAUAAGACGCAAUAUCCACAGGUUUUAUUAAAUUGUUCGAAUCCAUUUGUAGUAUUUAACCCUCCGUUGUGGUUACCUCCCUUCGUAAAAAACGCCAAACUUCGCAAUUACCGUCUCUUCGUUCCCAACUUAUUGGAUUGCUAUAAUUAUGAUGAUAAAAGCCGAAACACAAGGAUAAAUAACUCUGUAUGCGAUAAACCGUAUGACUAUUACCAGAGUUAUCGUUCCUUACACUCUGAUUAACACCUUGUGUUGUGUAUCCAUAUUAAUGGAUGC